AUGGCUAUCAACACGGAUGCUGCCUUUGGGAAAAGCGCGCUGGGCGAGAGGGAAGUUUCCAACCCCACGGACUUCCACGACACCGAGAAGCUGCUGAGCACCGCCACCGCGGAGCCCACCGGGCAGAGCAACAUCAAACCAUCCGACUCCUUCUCCCUCAACAUCAGAGGGAGCGUCCGGUCCCUGGAUGCGGACCAGAAUGGACACAGAUCACCGAUGAAGUCGGGCUCAAUCGGGCAGCUGGCGACCACACCCAGAUCCCUGUCGCGUCUCAGCCUGGGCCCGCUGCCCUCCACCGGGCCGCCCGGGUGCGUCCCGCCGAGUUACCUCUGGCUCGCUGUGCUGUCCUGCUUCUGCCCCGCCGUGCCGCUCAACAUAUGCGCCUUGUGGUACGCGAAUGUGUCGAGGUCUGUUCUCCAUACAGGAGAUAUUGAAGGAGCAAAGAAGUAUGGGCGUUUGUCUAUGCUGCUCAGCUGUCUGGCGAUGCUGCUGGGUGUGGCUGUCAUUAUCUUCAUAGUGUUUACAAUAGAGUUUCAGUAGUGAACUGUGGGAUGGGAAGGAGUGUCAUUUCACUUCUCCAAUUUGCACCGAAGAGUGGUGGAGGAAUGUCGUUUUGAGGAUGGAAAAAGCACAAAAGCUGAAGAGACUCUAGUGUACAACUUAUUGCUUUUUCUGCUAUGGACCAAAGAAAGAAGAAAGGAAAGAAGUCGCACGUCGUUUCUCUUUUCCCGGCAACACUCAUGUCCAAUAACUACACAAACUCAGGAACAAAAGGAAGGAAAAUGAAGGCUGCACACAGUUGUAGUGUCGGAUCAUCAGACAGCACAUGCUGAGGAGAAAGUGUAACGGCUCAUAGUCCAAACUCGUGGUGCACUGAGGUGCCAGACACACACUGAAUGGCACUGUCAUUUGCUUAUUAGUAUUAUUAUAAAAUGACAUCAUUAGAUAAGAGGAUUGCCUAAAGACAAAACAAACAAUCAAUUGAAGAAAAAAAAAACACAUCACACAGUAAGAAGUGUACGUGAUGUAAACCAAUGAAUCCUCUUGUGGUCAGACAAAAACAAAAAGGAAUCAGUGCACCUCUAGUCUGGGAAUGCCGCCACUACCUGUCCUGUUUCUCUUAAAAUUUGCAUCAAAGUAUGGACUAUCUGGGAAGAUGUAUAUACUGAUUUCAUACACUGUUUACAUCAAGUUUAAAACUCCUGUACGUUUACCUGAACAACGCCCUGCUGCAGUCAUAGUGUGAUGUCUUGCUUUGCGUGCUCCUAUGAUAAACUGAUCCGACUACUGAA